CUGUCAGAUCUCUCCAUCGUCAGGUAAGUAUGCGCAGUAUGUUUUUGGGAUUCAAUCAUCGCGAAUGAAAUUCCCUCAUCGCUUCAGCCUUCGGGGUUGCAGAUACGGUACGCAUCUGUCAUUGAAGACGGCUGCGAAGCUUACGUUCCGUUACUCAGUACUCAUCCUUAGGUCCAUUAGUUAACGGUGUGUGGACGAGUGAAAUGGAGGCAGAUCUUACAUGCCAGCAACACAUGCAUUGUUUGACACGAACAUGAUUUCACAACAAAGUCAUGCUGAUGAUUGUAUAUAGCCUGCUCUCAAGAUGACCUGGUCUACUACGACGUGGCGAACAGUACUCAUCCCAAGGCUCAACGACCAUGACGACUCCGGCUGGGCAGCCUAACCUUGGUCCUAGCAUUGGAAGCCUGCUUAUUGCAGCGAUAUGCUCGGCGAUGCUCUAUGGAUCCUCGUGCGCUCAAUUCGCGUAUUAUCUGCGUCACUACCUGGAUCGAGACAGAUUACCCAUGAGGUGCCUUGUUCUCUUCGUAUGGUUGCUUGAUACGAUUGUUACCAUUUCUGAUAUCUGCAUUAUCUGGUUCUUUGUUGUCACAAAUCACGGCAACCUAUCAAGCCUUCUCGUCACCCCGAGGGUUUUCGAGUUGGAGUACACAACCAUAGUUGUGACGACUUGCGUAGUGCAGCUGUUUUACGUCUCUCAAAUAUGGCAAUUGCUCCGUGAAUCCUCCUCGCGACUGAAGCUAGUUAUUACUGUGGCACCAGUAGUGCUUUCGCUCGUGUCUCUCGCGUUCACCGUCGAGGAUGUAUAUACGAUUGCUACGAAGACCGACUGGCUCAUCUCAAAAUCCAUUACACUCUCCACCCCUUGGACAACGAGCCGCGUCUGGAGUGACGCAGUGGCAGAUGUCUGCAUUUGUAUCGCUCUUUCGUGGUUGUUGAGAAAGAAAAAGACGGGUAUCAGAGAAACUGAUAAUAUGAUCGGUAAACUCGUCACAUCCAUCAUCAACCGCGGAAUUCUCUCGAUGAUUGUACAGAUUGUGCUAUGUGGAACGUAUGUAAGCUCCAUAAAGCAAAAUGCUCUUGUAUGGAUGGUACCCCACUGCGCAGGAUGCAAAAUCUACGUGAACUCGAUGUUGGCUGUUCUGAAUGCCCGUCAACACGUCAAGAAAGGGCGUGCCAGUGUUGAUAUCAAUAUGAUCAAUCUCACGGGAAGCAACAAGGUAUCCGAGACGAACUGCUCGCUCGACGUGCAUCCAUGCACGGCCCGAUCCACCUCAGGCUCCACACCAAGGACGAGGGGCUGCGUGGGGGAGGCCAAAACGACCUGAGUGUGUGUCACACGGACUCCAUGUUUCGGGGUCCUGCAUCAAGGCAUGCACGCCCCCUCUAAUAAGUAGGUUGGUGCCUCGUAGUAGUAGAUGCUCUGCACGGCCACGAUCACAUCGCCCCUGUCGUUCAAGAUAAUUCCUUCCAUACCUGCAGAACGCAUGGUCAGAUGCAUUGCUGCGCCGGUAGAUAUUGACGUCUAGUUGUUUCAGUGUGUCGAAGUCGUCAUAUGUAGUGAUCGGAUGAAAACUUCAUCAACAUCAACAUCAACA